AUGGUAAAAAAAGCAAAAUACUAUUCGGUUAUUUUAGAUUGCACGCCAGACGUUUCGCACAAAAAACAAAUGAGCAUAAUUUUAAGAUCAGUGACAUGUACUUCUAGAGUAGGUAUUAAAAUUUCCGAAAAUUCCUUUCGAUAUCUCACAGUAAAUGAUACCACUGGAAAAGGGCUUUUGGAUGCCUUUUUAAACCAGGCAAAAAAAUGGGAUCUAAAUAUUCUUGAUUGUCGAGGCCAAUCUUAUGAUAAUGGUGCUAACAUGAAAAGAAAACUUAAAGGUGUUCAAGCCAGGCUUCUAGAAAUGAACCCAAAGGCUAUAUAUGUUCCAUGUGCAAAUCAUUCACUGAAUCUUGUUAUUGUUGAUGGUGCACUGUCAUCUAUCAGUGCAAUAUCUUUUUUUGGAGUUCUUACAAGAUUGUAUACCCUCUUUUCAUCGUCUCCUCCUCGAUGGGAAAUUUUAAAAUCGUGUGUGGAAAUUUCUGUCAAACCACAAUCAGAUACAAGAUGGGAAAGUAAAAUAAACUGUGUUAAACCACUUCGCUAUUAUCUGAAAGAAAUUUUAGAGGCACUCGACAGAUUGGAAAAACAUGCCUUUGAAAAGAAAGAUAGGGCAACAGCCUCAGAAGUACGAUCUCUGAUUGAAUAUAUUAGGACAUGGCCUUUCUUAUUAUCAAUCAUUAUUUGGUAUGACGUUUUAUUUCAAAUCAACAAAUCAAGUAAGCUUCUUCAGUCUUCUACAACCUCUCUUGACAUAUUGGCUAGUGAAAUAAAAGCAACAAAUACAUUUCUUUAUGAGUAUCGUGAGACUGGAUUUACUGACGCACAUAUUAAAGCACAAGAAAUUGCAGAAGAAUUGGGCAUUGAAAAGGUUUUUCCAACAGUGCGCUUACGGAAAAAAAAAAAAAUGUAUUCAUACGAGUGUGCUGAUGAAACUCGGCAACCUGAGCAUCAGUAUAAAGCAGAUUUCUUUUUGUCACUCAUUGACAUGUCAAUUGCAUCAGUAAAGGAGCGUUUUGAACAGGUCAGUAUCUUCACAAAUCUUUUUGACUUUUUUUACCGGUCUGAGAGUCUUAUCAAAGCCUGUAAUGAAAAUUCUCUUACUGUAUUUUGCACAAAUUUGCAAACGAAGCUCGGUGAUAUAGAUUCUGAGGAUUUGGAAAUGGAGUUGAAACGAUUUGUCAUAGUUGUACAAGAGGACAAAAAUACAAACCUGAAAUCUGCAUAUGACUUCCUUAACUACGUCUACAAAGAAGAGCUGCAGUCAACAAUGGUCGAUGAACGUUUGUCUUCCCUAGCAAUGCUGUCAAUCGAGAACGAGAUGGCAAGGAAAUUAAGUUAUGAAGGCUUAAUAAAUAAGUUUGCAAUCACUUUGGAUGAUUUUAAGAAGGAAACAGAAGUUAUAUUUAAAAACCAAGAAAAAACAAUAAUUACUAUCGUUAGUGCGAACACAAAAAUACUCUACGAAAGAUUGGAUAAAUUUGAGACAAAUAUCAUUGCAAAUGCAAAUAAGAUAAAAAAAAUUGAAAAAGAGCUUGAAGAGAUAAAGGAAAGUUUAAACUUCAACGAACACGUAAUCGAUAAAAAGAUUGAAAAUAACAACAAAAGUUUAUUAAACAAAAUCGAUAACAAACAAUUAGAGAAAAAGAAAUCUUGGGAAGAAACCGAAGAAAAUGUUCUUUCAUUUUUUCUACAAAAGCUAGGUUUAAAGGACAUUAAAAUUGAACGUGCACAUCGUACUGGGCAAAAAAAAGUUGAACUUCCUAGGGUAAUAGUUUUUAAAACUUCAAAAAUACAGAGACUAAGCUAA